CGGCAGGGCAGUAGAAUGCUUACAGGAAUUGGGAAGAGACUGUCAGAGUCUCUUCUAGGUCUGCACUGUUUGAAUGGCUUCAGUGUGAAGUGCAGAUAAAAGUUCAAACGCGCUGUGAGCUGCACUCGUCCAAGGGAUCGAUAUGAGACUCUCCUCACUUCAAGCGGAUUACUCAAAUUUCAACAAAUAGGCCGAGAGACGUCCACUCAGCUUCAGUGAUUGGUGUGUUAACAGCUCGAAUUCCUAUAUCGUGAGUCUAAUGAAAAGAAAACGCCGAAACUUUGGUAAAUAUCCACCAAACUACAGGGCAUCACAUCCUAAGAAACAUCUUCGCAAUUGGUGCCCCGAGAACCUGAAAUCUCACAACGGAAUGCUUCUUAAAUAAACUAUCUGAAACCCAUUUUUCCGCCGCGUAAUCAUUUUCCGUUGUUGGGCCAGUGUGUGUGCGUGUUAUACGAAUUCGAUAAUAUGGACAUGAGUUAAAUCAGUACAUGUGAAGUAAUUAUUCCUCGACUUGUUUGCGAGUGAUAAUUCAGUAUGUCACAAGUAUACAGUUUAAUUUCUCAUGUAAGCACGACACUAAAUCUCGUAAUGGGGAAUUGACUGGGAGACGGUAUCAUUAGGUUUCGCUACUUUUACCGUCAGUCGGAGAGACUUACUUCGUCCUUUGUGCAUUUGAACUCGCAGAGUAAUUAGUAAUUACAAUAAGCGUACCGUAACAGAAUCUAUGACCUUGAAGAUUCCUGUAACAGACAGUGAAUUGUGUGAUGAAAUAUGGAUAGAAAAUGUAUUACAUUCGUCUUCACAUGUUCGGACAGUACGAACAAAAACAUUCUGCGGACAACUUCAGCUGCUUCAGAACUGCAGGGUGCAUCCCGAAAUCUUACUGAGGUGUGUCUAGGAAUUGAAAGCGGCCAUUUUAGUGUCUCCUUUAAUGCGCCUACAGUUGUCCUCAGCGCAUAUGUCAACCAUAUUCCAUAUCCAAGGGCACGAGCACAGAUACGAGCGAUACGAGAGGGCGUGAGCGGUUAUUAGCAGUUAUGAGAUGAGCGAGAUUUACGUGCUGGUAAGGUAUAAGACAUGAGUUCAGAAAUGACUAAUGAAGCACCUCAGCAGGAAGCAAUGGAGGUGGACAUUGAUGGAGACCGGACUGAAUUGAAACAGGAACCAGAAGAUACUACAAUGAACGGCGACGAAAAAGUUAAUGGGGAAGAGCAAGGAGCAGCAAAAUCUGGGAUUUUUAAAGUAAAAGUUAGUGGUCUCCCAAGGUUUUAUCCAUUAGGGGAAUUCAAAAAAUUGGUCAAAGAGGAGCUUGGUUUGGCGCUGAGCUACAUUCGAUCACCUAAAAGAGGCAAUCCAUGGCUCCAUUUGACAUUUGGAACUGCUGAGGAACAGCAGAAAGCAAUGAAGGUCCUUCACAAAUACACAUGGAGAAAGAAAACUUUAACUUGCAGUAUAUUGACAACUGAUGCUCAGAAGCGCAAGCCAGAGGAAAGUACCGGAGAUGAUAGUGAUGCAAAGAAGGCUAAAUUGGAUCUGUCAGUAGAUGAACGAGUGUUGAUGGUUACCAUUCCUUACCAUAACAUUCCAUAUGAAGAACAGUUGAAGAAGAAGACUGAAGAGUUAAAGACGAUGGUGUCUCGGUUGGGAGAUUUGGUAGUACGUCGCAAUCCGGAACUAGCUGGAUGGGCUGAACAGCAGCGUGAGAAAUAUGAUGGUUUGGCAUUCCAACUGGACGAGAUUAGACCUUCACCUAUUGUUGAUGCAUAUCGUAAUAAAUGUGAAUUCAGAGUUGGACUAAACCCUGACACACAAGAGCGCACAGUGGGUUGCCGUCUGGAGAACUACAAGGAUGGCUCUAUUGGGGUUGGACCGGCAGAUUCUCUAAAACAUUUGCCUGAUCAAAUGAGAGAGGCUGUGAAGCUCUUUCAAGAUUAUGUGCGUAAAUCAGACAAGCCACCCUUCACAGCAGAGAAGGGUGAAGGGUACUGGAGACACCUGGUGGUGCGUAUGACAUCCAGUAAUGAGUUGAUGGUUGUGGUGGUGGCUCACCCCCAGUCUCUCACUGAAGAUGAACUGAUGAGACUGAAAAAUGAUCUGAAGGAUUACUUUGUUAAAGGAGAUGGAAAGGCUUGCAAUAUUUCAUCCCUGUAUUUCCAGCAGUUUACUGAAAAGCUUGUAGGUGUCCCUUUGCCUCAAAUGGAACACUUGUAUGGGAAAACUCACUUAGAAGAAGAUCUGUUGGACUUAACAUUCCAGCUGUCGCCCUCUUCUUAUUUCCAAGUAAAUACUAAAGGUGCUGAAGUAUUGUAUUCUGCCAUCAUUGAUCUGGUAGAGCCAACUGAAGAUACUACAGUGCUUGACCUUUGUUGUGGUACAGGCGGGAUUGGUCUUUGUAUAGCCAAGAAAUGUGGUCAGGUGUUUGGAGUAGAAUAUUUGGAACAGAAUGUGGAAGAUGCAAAAGUCAAUGCUGCAAAAAAUGAAAUAACAAACUGUGAAUUCAUUGCUGGCCGUGUUGAAGAUGUUCUUCCAACCUUGUCGGAGAAAAUCACAGGAAAAAAUGUUGUACCCAUCUUGGAUCCACCAAGAACAGGCUUGAAUCAAAAGGUUCUUUCACACCUGCGGAAGAUGGACAGUGUUCAGAAAUUGGUGUAUGUAUGCUCCAACCACAAGGCUCCCAUCAGAAACUUUCUGGAUCUGUGUUGUCCUGCUGGAAAAAGCACCAUGACAGGUCACCCAUUUGUUCCAGUUCGAACUGUGCCAGUGGAUGUGGCCCCACAUACCAUGCAUUCUCAGAUGGUCAUUCUGUUGGAAAGAGUGGAUCCCAGCAAACUACCAAAAGCAAAAAAUCCUAUUCCACGUAGCACCUCCAGGAAAAAUACCAGGGGCAGAACAGGAAGAGGAAUGAAAGGAAGUAAUAUAAUGGCCAGGGGGCGUGGAAAUGUGGGCUCAAGAAUGCGUAGUGGCAUGCCAGUACCUGGGGUUAUGCCACGAGGAAUUAGGGGUGGAGCAAGAGGCAGAGGGAUGGGUAUGCCUAUGUCUAACAUGAGAGUCCCACCUCUCAUGCCACAGCACAUGGGAUUUAUGGGCCCACCUCAAAUGGGACCUGCAGUAAGAGAUUUCCCUCGGGCACCAGUCCGUUCUCGUGCAAGAGAUGUAUACAUGGAUGGGUAUGGACCAUCCCCUCUUGCGGAGAGGGAGUAUUUUCCUCCAGUGAUGGAUCCAUAUGGACCUCGUCGUCCUCAGCGUUUGGAUUUUUCAUCAGAUGAACUGACCUUGAGCCGAUACUCUGAUUUCCGUCGUGAUGUGGAAGAUGCAAUAGAUUCAUCAUUCUCCCCUCGCUCUCUAGGUAUACGCCGAUCUGCAGGUUCCCUGGGGAUGGGGGAUGGCUUACUGGUGGGCUCACCUGCUGCCACUGCUGCUGCCAUGUUAGAGAGGGAGGAAAUGGCUUACAGAGCAGGUCUUACACGUGGGCUUGUUGGUGCUGCAGCAUUUGGGCCACCACCCAACCUGUAUUCACAGUAUGGAUCCAUGACAGGUGGAAGGUUGAAGGGACUGGGAGGAGCAAACAAUAACAGAGGUGCCAAAAGGGGUGGAAACGUUGGGAGGGAAACAUGGGGACGUAGAGGCCAUAGUGGCCGCAGGUAAUGGCAGUUGAUUAUUGAUAUAUUUCUUGUGUUCCAGUGAACUUAGAAAAGCAGCCAUUGCUACUUUCACUGUCUUCAAUGUGUUGUGUAUGUUCAAUUUACUUACAGAAUUUAAAGAUUUCUCAUCUUUAUAUUUUUAUUUUCUAUUUGACUAUAGGAAGUAGUUGUAUUAAACUUUGGUGUGGUGAAUGUGUCUUGAAAGUUUAAUAUUCUGUCUUCAUUAUACUGACACUUUUUACCAUGUGAUAUUGAUUGGUAUCAAGAAUAAAAUACUGGCACAGACUUCAUAUGGUGUA